GUGCUUGUGGGAGGAACGUGAAAGCGGGGUUACAGACCUUUAAAAGAAACAAGAAAUGACUUAAACGUCAAUAUUUACAUACACUGAAUACGUAAGUAGUCCUCACUCGAGGUCUUCGUGGGGACCCUCAUUUACUACGCUUGCACAGCUGUCGUUUGUAACCAGAGAGCCUGUAACAGGUAGGUGUCGUGAAGGUGGAGGAGAGGAGGGCCGAUUAUUUUACAGGAUGACUGCCUCCCAUUUUCAGCAGUUCAACGAUGGAAGUUGAAGGGAUAAGGACCUACGUCAAUUUAUGACGGGAAAACAGAUAAAAACAGCCUUACAGGAGAAAAGUGGAGCCUUUCCAGCUUUAUCAAAAUGCCUUUUUAUGGACUAUUCGCUCAUUUUUAUAUUUUCAUAACACUUUGGAGAUUAAUUACAGGCGACAUGACUGACUUUUUAUGACAACUCCGCUGGCCACCCGAACAGACUGCUCUCUGAGGAGCGCGUGCGUAAUGGAAUUCUUGUGCAGAAAGAAAAAGAAUUUAAGAACUGCGGUCAGCCUCACUUUGAUUUUUGCCACUUUACUGAUGCUUCAGAAAUUAAUAACAGUGGACACGAAUAUUAAAGGUAUCAAAGUGAAAAACAAAUUUUGUGGUACCGAAUGUUCGUCAUUGAAAAGAAAAAUCAUAAAGGCCGUUGAAAAUUCGUCUCAGUCACACGGGAAUGACUUGGCGCUGGUGGGAAACCCCAUGCCAACAAAAUGGGACGUGUCUAGAAUCAAAUGUAGUGAAAAUUCCACGAUAACGAACCAAGCCUGGUUUCGUCGUUUGAACCCAAAGUUCCGUGAAUUUGUCCUGAAAAGACAUUGCAGAUACUUCCCAAUGUUGCUGAAUCACCCUGAGAAGUGUAGCGGUGACGUGGAUGUUCUGGUCGUGGUCAAAUCGGUUAUUGAAGAACAUGACCGACGAGAGGCCGUGCGACAGACCUGGGGAAAGGAACAAGAAAUCCAGGGAUUGAAAAUCAAAACGCUAUUUCUCCUAGGCACUCCAGCCACUGGUAAAGACGAGCGAAAUUUACAAGCCCUGGUCCAAUAUGAAGACCGAACCUACGGGGACAUCUUACAGUGGGACUUCAUGGACACCUUCUUCAAUCUCACCUUAAAGGAGGUGAACUUUCUGAGGUGGUUCAACAUCUACUGCAGUGGGGUUCCCUUCAUCUUCAAAGGGGACGAUGAUGUGUUCGUCCACACCAAGAACCUAAUUGAACUAAUUGGCUUUAGGGUGGAGGAGAACAAGGUGGAAAACCUCAUUGUAGGGGACACCAUUUUAGAAGCCAAACCGAUCAGAAACCGCCAGAGUAAAUAUUUCAUUCCCAAAGAGUUGUAUGAUAAACGCUAUCCCCCUUAUUUGGGUGGGGGAGGAUUUCUCAUGUCCUCACAGGUGGCCCGAAGGCUCUUCGUGGUUUCUGAGAGCGUGGAACUUUAUCCCAUUGAUGAUGUGUUUUUGGGCAUGUGCCUUCAGAAGCUGCACAUUGUCCCCGAGCUGCAUCUGGGCUUCAGGACAUUCGGGAUCAUAAAGCGGAAAGUGACGCCGCUGAACCGGGAGCCGUGCUUUUUCCGCAACCUCAUCGUGGUGCAUAAACUCAUGCCGCAGGAGCUGCUGCACAUGUGGAAUCUUGUACAAAACGAGGAAUUGGUCUGCGCCAGACAAGUCGUACUAUGAAAAGACUAGUAUUUAUAAAGACAGAAAGAUGAUGUUCUUUCAAACGAAGCGUGUUUAACUUUUCGUUUUGUAAUUUUUUUUGUAACAAUGAUGACUAGGCCUACUUGUGUUACCAAUUGUCAGAUAUAAUAAACCACAAGUCUUCUAAUUAUGGUCUUGUCAUCUACAGGGAACAAA